CAGAGUCAUUUGCUAGUGUAGAGUCUAGGGGUUAGGACAGCCCUAAACGGGUUAAGUUAAGAUGUGUCGCCUGCAGGUUGUAGUUGUUGUUCUAGUGCUUGUCGUCCAAGUUUAUUCACAGGGUCCGUUUAAGGAAAUCCUUCUUGCGGUAAGACGUGGCAUGCUUCAGGACUGCAAGGAAUCGCUGGGAGCUACGGAUGCAGACGUUGAGCAUAUCAUAAACGCGAAUGAACCUGAGAAUCGAGUCCAGAAAUGUCUGGCCCAUUGUGCGAUGAAACAGUUUGGGGUCUUGCACGGGAGAAAGUUUAACAAGCAGGGCUUUGCCUCCGUUGCUAAGUUGGUUAUUUUCCUGGACAAGCGGAAGUCGCGAUACGUCGAUCAGGUCGCGGAUGAGUGCGAAAAAAUCGACAACGAGGAUCUUUGUGAGCUGGGGGCCGAAUUGUACAUGUGUGCAGUGACAGGAUUGCGGAAGAGAGGAAUACAGCUGUAAUAAAGCUUUAUUUAGUCAGGGUACCAAAUUACUCCGUUUAUGGAAUAAGUACAAUUGGAAUUAUAAAAAUAGGGUAAUGAAAAAAAAAAAAACAAAUGAAUAAUCAAAUGAGCUCAAUUUGUUUUCAACCAGCAAAACCAAAUCUUUAACAAGUAUUACCUCAGGUACCUUUGUAAGUUACAGAAAUCAAGCGGAAUUCACAAUAAAUUGAAUCAAAGUCA